GCUAUCAGUAGCGGCGCGGCAGUACUUCAGUAGAUAUGCAAUCGUCGCAGUGGGUGAGCGGCGCACAGUUGUUGUGCUAAACCAUGAAUAAAACAUUAUUUUCAUGUAUCCUCGUGACAUUCACUCAUACGCUACAGCAGUCACACGCAGCCUGCACGGUCCGGUCGGACGGGCCCUGCUUCUACACCCUCGCCUGCAGUGCCCCCGCCACAUUCCGGCCAGCCUUCGACUGCAACGACAUAGAUCCCUACAUCACUCUCCACAUCAAACAAUCUUCUGGCCACAACAUCACAGCUAACCACUUUAUCUCCGAGUUCGAUUCCUUCGUUAGAAUUCUGUCCGCUAUCGGAAACAACUGGCAUUAUUUGCAAAACAACGCAUUCAGCAACUUCAAGAAUGUACUCUACAUGGAUCUGUCCGAGAAUCACAUAAAAAUGUUGGGAGCCGCCUUCAGGGGCCUGGAACAAAUGGACUCGUUAAACUUGUCACGGAACCACAUCGAAACUAUUAAACCUGGUGUGUUGCAAGUCUCCCAUAAUAGAAGUCGUCUUUACAUGUUGGAUCUGUCGUACAACUUGUUGAUGCAUUUGUCGGGAGAGGCGUUUGUAAAUAUGAACAACUUGAGAAGUUUGUAUCUGCAAGGAAACAAGUUGAAGACGUUGGGAGACCACUUCUUCGUGAAGUUAAAGCAUUUGAACUACUUGAAUUUAUGUUGUAGCAACAUGGGAACGCUUCGCAUGACAUUUAAAUAUUUGCCGUCUCUGAAAGAAUUAAAUUUAUCUUAUAAUCGUUUGAAGAAAAUCGACUUAUCUAAAGUAAUGUCGCUGGAAACAAUUGAUUUGUCUCAUAAUGACUUCGAAGAGAUGUACUUUGAGGAUUUCAAAGGUUUACCAAUAAUAAAAGUAGACCUCAGUUUUAAUAAACUGAAGGAACUGAACGUUGAAGACAGUGUCGUAGGCAGCAACGCAAGUAGACCACUAGUCAAAUUGUAUCUCCACAAUAAUAACAUAGAGUACAUAGACGAGUCUUUCUUUAAUAUAUUUAGUUACAUAGCGAUAUUAAAUUUAAGUUACAACAAUAUUGUCGAGUUUAAGGCUGACACUUUCCGAUAUGUGAAUGUGUUAAAAAUUUUAAUUGUCUCAAACAAUCGUAGACUACGUUUAGCCGACGAUAUAAGUAAAGAGUUACCUCACACGUUCACAAUAGGAAAGUUUCCACCAAGUCAAAUCCAAAAUCAAGUAUUUACAUAGAAAGCACUCGGGUAUUUAUUUGUUAGGUUACAAUAAUUAUGUUAGGUAGGCAUGUAUACAUUACUGUACGUUAAUGGCACAAUGCCUGGCCAACUAGCUGCGAGCCUGUGACCUAUGUGCAACACUUUGCCAUACUUUUAUCAUUUAAUAUAUACUAGCUUCUGCCCGCGACUUCGUACGCGUAAUCCCAUUUUUUCUCGUCCCCGUUCGUGAUUUUC